AUGCAGAGAACUUAUUUUCUUGUCCUCGGAGCCAUAGUGUUGCAUUUUGUCACAACUAGCUCAGCUAGCUUAAGUAUUGCCAAUAACCAUAACAACAGUGCUAGUGAUCUGAAUGCUCUUCUUGUCUUCAAAGCAGCCAUUUUCGAUCCCCAAAGGAUCAUCCCAACCAACUGGUCCACUUCUACCUCUGUUUGCAACUGGAUUGGUAUCACUUGUAAUGCUCGUCAUCAUAGAGUCGCAGCCAUUGACCUUUCUUACAUGGGAAUUGCGGGAACGAUGCCUCCACAAUUGGGAAAUCUUUCUUUUCUUGUCAGGUUGAAUGUCAUGAAUAACAGCUUUCAUGGACAUCUUCCAACCGAGCUCUCUCGUCUGCGCCGAUUGAAGUACAUCAGCUUGGACGGUAAUGCUUUUGAGGGAGAACUUCCGUCAUGGUUGGGAGGUUUAACUGCACUCCGAUACUUAUCCUUCCGAGAUAAUGGAUUUUCAGGUUCAUUAACAGGCAGGCUCUCUAAUUUCACAAAGUUAGAGACCAUCAGGUUGGGUUACAACUUUUUUACCGGAAAUCUUUCUGAAGAAUUCAGCGCUCUACCGAAAUUGAAACUUUUGGAAAUUCAAUAUAACCAACUUGCAGGCCCUCUGCCACUGGCUCUGUUUAACCUCUCCUCAUUGCAAGUUAUUGGUUUUACGAGUAAUAGCUUAUCGGGUUACCUUCCAGCACACAUCUGCAAUUAUCUCCCACAACUUCAAGGGCUUCACUUAUCACUUAAUAACUUUGAAGGUGAAAUUCCAUCAGGCAUCGGAGAAUGCUCAAGACUCCAAGUUUUAUCCUUGUCUUCUAACAAAUUCAGAGGGUAUAUACCAAAAGGAGUUUGGAAUCUAACCACGCUUACACAAAUAGCUUUGGGUGGGAACGGCCUGACAGGUGAAAUUCCAAAAGCCAUUGACAAUCUCUAUAAUUUGGAGAUACUAGGCAUGGAGAGUGCUAAUGUGACAGGUAUAAUACCUGAAGAGAUUGGUAAUCUUAGCAAGUUGGAACUGCUAAACUUGGAGUUGAAUAGGUUGAGAGGUCCCAUCCCGCUGAAACUUUUCAAUAGUUCAACUGUACGAAUUAUUUCUCUCGCGCAGAAUGAUUUAUCAGGCGAGCUUCCAUCAACUAUAGGUGUUUUCUUACCCAAUCUUGAGGAACUCUACCUUUGGGGAAAUGAAUUUACUGGAACUGUACUAACAUCCAUCUCAAAUGCUUCUAGGCUCAGAAUGCUAGACCUUGCUAUGAACCAUUUUACUGGUGCAAUUCCUUAUUAUCUUGGAAACUUGAGAUUACUGGAUGACAGGUUGUGGAUAGAUGACAAUCCUCUGAAUGGCUUCCUCCCAAAAUCUAUUGGAAAUCUUUCUAGCUCACUCGAAUCCAUUUAUGCCACUAGUUGUGGCAUCAUAAGUGAAAUUCCAAGUUCGAUUGGUAAUUUGAGCAACUUGAUAGGGCUGGACUUUGCCAUCAAUAGUUUGAUAGGAGUAAUUCCAACUACAAUCAAAUGGUUGUUGAAGUUUCAGAUGAUGGAUCUAACUGACAAUCAGAUACAAGGAGUUAUUCCAAAUGAGCUUUGUUUUUUGUUGAACUUAGAAGGAUUAUAUCUGGCAAAAAAUAAGCUUUCUGGUGUGGUGCCUUCUUGUUUAGGAAAUGUUAUAGCACUCAGAUAUGUUUAUCUCAAGUCUAACAAUUUAAGUUCUGUGAUACCAACAACCUUUUGGAGCCUUAGAGAUAUUUUGAAGUUGGACAUGUCAGGAAAUUAUUUGACAGGUUCUUUGCCUGCUGAAAUUGGAAACUUGAAGGCAUUAGUCUAUUUGAACCUUUCAAAUAAUCAAUACUUUGGUGGGAUACCUAGCACUAUUGGAGGACUACAAGAUUUGCAAGAACUCUCCUUGGAACAUAACAAACUACAAGGAUUGAUGCCAGAUUCCAUGAAGAAUAUGUUGCAGUUACGGCAUUUGGAUCUAUCUUUUAACAAUCUAGAAGGUGAAAUUCCCAACUCAUUACAGGUACUAUCAGAUCUCCAAUACUUUAAUGUGUCUUACAACAAAUUGAGAGGACCGAUUCCUCACGGAGGGCCAUUCACAAAUUUCACAAACCUAUCUUUUCUCUCAAAUGAAGCAUUGUGUGGCGCUCCUUGGCGCCAAACUUGUACAAGUACAUUUCAACAUGAAUCAAGGACAAAAAGGAUAGUCAUGAUUGUUCUGUUGGCAUCAGGUUCUGCCAUAUUAGCCUUGGUGAUUUCAAUUUUUUUGAUGCGGUUAAAGUUGAGAAAGAAAACUCUAGCUCCAACUCAGAACUUGCUUCCCAUGGCGACAUUUGAAAGGGCAUCCUUCCUUCAACUUAGACAAAUAACAAAUGGAUUUAGCGAGAGUAACUUACUUGGUUCGGGGAGCUUUGGUUCAGUUUACAAGGGAAUUCGUGAAAAUGGGAUGGUUUGGGCCAUAAAGGUAUUCGAUUUGCAGCUAGAAUCUGCAUUUAAAAGCUUUGAUAGAGAAUGUGAAGUCUUAAGCUGCCUUCGUCAUCGAAAUUUAACUAAAGUAAUCAGUGCUUGCUCUAGCCCUGACUUUAAGGCUUUGGUGCUUGAAUAUAUGCCCAAUGGAUGCCUUGAGAAAUGGCUUCAUUCAAACCCUCAUUUCUUAAACAUCAAGCAACGAUUGGAUGUUAUGAUAGAUGUGGCUUGUGCCUAG